CCCAACUCUGGAAAGAAUAGGUUCAAAGAAAUAGUGUAGUCCAACUAUAUCCGUCCACAAGAGAAAGACUAUCCUGCGCGAUGAAAGCCUAUCUCUUCACAGUUGCCUUGGUUCUUGGAGCCAUAAGUGUCUCACUAGCUCAACGAGAGACAUCCCUACGAGUCAUCGAUGCCCUGCGUGAUCUUCAUCCCGCGUACAGGGACCUUCGAAACGUGGUAGUGAACGCGGUCGCCGGAGCCAAACUGAACAGCUCGGAGGUUGUGUUCCGGUUCCAGUCGGAGGUAGCGGAACGCAAAGAGCAGUUCAUGAAGACGGCCAUUAACGCCGAGGCGACUGUGCUGCGGCAGGUGAACAGCCAGCCCAACAGCGUGGAAACGAGUUGUCUGGGCUUCCUGCGCCAGAGUGUGGACGUGAACAUGAACCUGGCCGGAGUGUCGUUCACCAACUGUCUGAACACCGUCGACGGUUCGCUGGCGACGGAGCUGACACGCAUCUACGCCGAGCUGGCGGUCAACGAGACGUCCUACGUUAGCCUCAGCGUGUACGACGCGUUCCGCGGCCAGAACGUGUUCGUGAACCCGCAGACCAUCGUCGAUCGGUUGGCGGAGAAGCUGUCCGCCGCACAGCAGACCCCGGUCGAGUUGGCCGCAGAGCUGGCCCUGCUGGUGGACGCAUUCGAAACUCGGCUGGGUGAUGUUCAGCUGGCCUACACCAACUGCUUGACGAUGAACGAUCAGCUGUUGCAGACAACGCUCAACACGGUGCUCUUGCAACUGCAGCAGAUCUGUUUGGGUACGCUCGUACCGGCCGCAUCCACCUCGGAUCCAACCGCCGAAACGACUGAGGAAGGACUGGAAACGGAAGCACCUGAACCAACGGAGGGGGUGGUCGAAGAGACGGCCGAACCUGAAACCGCCGAAACACCUUCCACAGUAGUAGAACAACAGCCCGAACCUCCCACUCCAGGUCAGGCAUACGCUCAUUUGGUGUAAAAAGGUGCAUAAGUCAAAAUCUGUCAAAACCAAAAUAGGCUCAAAAUAAAUUCAAGAAUAAC